AUGUCCCUCAAAGACUACCGCCUCCUCUGCUUCGACGUCUACGGCACUCUGAUAGACUGGGAAGGCGGCAUCCUCUCUGCCCUCCAACCAAUCCUCUCAAAAACAACGACACAAUUCACCCGCGAGCACCUCCUAUCAAUCUUCCAAGAGUUGGAGAGCACCCAACAAAAGAAAACCCCAGACAUGCUCUACUCAGAUCUCCUAGCAACAGUCCACCCUAUCCUCGCCACCCGCCUAGGACUAGAUGCCCCCAGCACCGAAGAAAGCCAACAAUUCGGCAAUUCAGUCGGAACAUGGCCCGCCUUCCCAGAUACCGUAGAUGCCCUGCGCCGUCUAUCAAAGCACUACAAGCUAGUCGUUCUCUCCAACGUGGACCGAGCCUCAUUUGCUAAAUCCAAUGCUGGUAGUUUGCAGGGUGUGCCCUUUGAUAUGGUGCUCACGGCACAGGAUAUCGGCAGUUAUAAGCCCGAUCUACGCAAUUUCGAGUAUAUGCUCGAGGCUGUGGAAAGGGAAUUUGGCGUACGUCCUGCGGAGGUGUUGCAGACUGCCCAGAGCCAGUUUCAUGAUCAUCAGCCUGCAAGGAGGGUGGGGAUUCGCUCGGUUUGGAUUGAGCGACCUGGGGCUACAAUGGGGAAUCUGGGAGAUCCGAUUUUUGAUUGGCGGUUUGGGACUUUGGGGGAGAUGGCUGAUGCUCUUGAGUGA